AUGGGCCAAGCGCUGUCCGCGCAGCCAAUACACGAGGAGCCACAGCCGCAGCCUCAGCUUUGGCCCAUCUGCCUCUCUCCUUCCGAUCUUUUCUCCAACAACCCCCACCACUUCGGCCCCUACACGCCCGCCAAUGGCGGCCUUAUCCGCGCGCGCCAAAUCAUGGCGCAGCUUCCGCCGGGAGACGCGCUCCCGGGGCUCCUUUCCAUUUUCCUCGACCGCCUUUCCUCCCCGUCUCUCUCCCCGUCCUCCGAGUUUUCCGCCUAUUCCCCCCGCUUGGCGCAGGCUUCGGCGCCUGUUUCUUCCGCCUCCUCCUCUUCCUCCUCCGCGUCUUCCGCCUCUUCCUCCUUCUUCGUCUCCUCCCCAUCCCCGCGCACGCGCGCGCUCCCCCCGCCGUACUUCCCCCUCGUGCAGCCGCAGCCGCUGACCCCGCGCUCGCGUUCGCUGCUUCUUCCCCUGGGCGGGGCGGAUGACGUCAUCCGUGCGGGGCUUCUGGACGUGCAGGCGCGCGCAGAAGCGGAGUAUCAGCGCCUGGUGGAGCGGAUAGAGGAGGCGGCGGAGCUCGGCGCGGAGUUCGGCGGGGGGGAUGGCGCGGAGCUUGGCGAGAGAAGCGGGAGCGGAGGCGGAGGCGGAGGGGGAGCUCGCGGAGGUUACUGGGGCAGCGUGCGCAGUCCUGGCAGAGAAGGGAUGUAUAACAAGGGGGAGUAUGCCGGCGGGGCUUUUGGCAAUGCCGCAAGUGCGGAUGGGCGCAACGCUACGAGGACGGAGAGCGGAGAGGCGGUGGAAAGCGGUGUUUAUGUAAACGUGGAGCGAAUGGAAGAGGCGCUGCUGGUGGGAAUGGCGUUUUGGAUGGAGUUUUGGGAGCAAUGGGGGGAAGACCCGAGCGCGUCGCUAGAAGCGCCUAGGGCGCGGCGGAGAUCCCUGGAAUCUCCGCGCACGAUGCUCUGGCGCGGCGGAGAGGCUGCGCCGAUUAGGGGAAAAUGGGGCGCGGGCGCGGGGGCCGGCGCUGCGCCAAUGCCUGUGAUGGCGCUGACUAGGUCCGCGCACGCGGGAGGCGGUCCCCCCAAGGAGCGGAAGCAAGUGAGCAUUGUAUUGACGGUAGGAGAGGGCGAAGGAGAAUGCGAAGAGGGGAAAGAGAAGGGAGAGAGAAGAGGGCAGGGGAGGGGGGAAAAGGGAGAGAAGGAAAAAGAGGGGGGUCCUGGGGAGGUGGAUGGGAGGAUGGCUGAAAAUGUGGAGGGGGAGGAAGGGAAGAGAGGGGAGGAGGACGAGGAGGAAGCGGAGCAGGAGGGUGGGAGUGUUAUUGUGGCAGACCACAUUGUUGAAGCACCUGAAGCACCUGAAGCACCUGAGGCACCUGAGGCACCUGAGGCACCUGAAGCACCUGAGGUUCCUAAUGGCGUGGAUCCUUCAGGUGCGAUGCCAGCAGCAGCAGAAGCUCCAGCGUCCCCAUCCCUUCCUCCGCCAGCCAUCCCUGUGACAGCCGCAGUCCACCCUUCCCCAGUUCCCCCUUCCCCAGUCCCCCCUUCCCCAGUUCCACCGUCCCCAGUCCCACCCUCCCCAGUUCCCUUCUCCUCAGCGCCUCCCCCGGCCGCAGCUGGGGGGUGGUUCAGGGCGAGUCUGAGGGAGAGGGAGUAUGAGCAGUGGCAGGAUCUAUGUCGGGCGGCAGGGCGGGCGUGGGAGGAGAGGGAGGAGGCCGUGCAAGCCAGGGGGUUUCUCAGCCAUAAACGACGAGCAUCUGGUGUCUCUGCUGUUUCAGGUGUUUCUGUGGCUUCAGGUGUUUCUGCUGCUGUUUCCUCUGGUUCAGGAGGUGGUUCUUCUGCUACCACUCCUGCUGCUGCCGGUGGCGCUGCUGCUGCUGCUGCUGCUGCUGCUGCUGCUGCUACUGCUGCUGCUGGCACCACCAAUGCCACCACGAGCGUUUCAGUUCAGCCGCAGCGCCGGGCGUCUCUGCCUUCCCGCAGCUUGAAAGAAGGCAGGAGAAGAAGCGGCAAGGAAGCUUCUUCUGCUGCGCAAGGAGGGGAGGGCGGUGCAGGGGAGGCCGCUGCUACUGCUUCUGCUGCCGCUGGUGUUGCUGGUACUGGCAGGAACCGGAGUGCUGAGGCACCCAGCAGUGUGCCUUCAAGCUGGUUCCCUGUAGGCUUUGGUGCUGCUGACAGUUUCCUCACUGCUGCACCAGCACCAGCACCAGCAACCACACCAGCAUUCGGCAGCAUGACUGGCCUUAGUCUCACGUCUCCUCUGACCGGCAUGGGCAGCAGCAGCUUCAACACCAUGCCGUCUCCAUCCUCGUCGCUCCGGCCCCCGCGCAACCGCUCCCGGUCAGCUGCUUCAACCGUGGACAGCAGCAGCACUAGUAGUCUGAGCGCGGUCAGUCUCCUGCCCACUGUUGACGUCACCAGCGUGGCGGGCAGCAUGCUCCGGAGUUUUUCGGGCAGCUUGACGCUCUCGUCCCGCCCGAGCGAGGACGGGUCGGUUUCGGGCAGGAGCUUGCGGAGCAACGCGAGUGCUGUGGGGCAUGGGAGGAGGAGGUGGAGAUCCACCACUAGAAACGGGCUGCAGCAGAAAUUAGUCCAAGAUGUGCUUUUACUGGAUGGGACUGAAACGGAUGUGCCGCCGAGCUAUGCUGACGUGGCGCGGAUGCUGGGGCUUGCAGGGUCGUUGGCGGAUCGCCAGCCUGUCAGCAUGGCGCUGUGUAUUCUGCGCGUGUUAGAUAUGGUCGGCCAGACUCGGCCUUUUAUGCGAGUGGAGGAAGGGAGCGAUGUGAGUGACUUGGAGAGAGAGGAUUGCGAGGAGGGCGAGGAGGAGGAAGGGGAAGGAGAAGAGGAGGCGGAGGGAGCGGAGGGAGAAGGAAGAGCGGAGGAGGGAGGGAAAGAUGGGGGGUUUAGGGAGGGAGGUGGGGUGGGGCAGGAAGGAGAGUGUGUGUUGCGUUCAGAGGAGGUUGGGGAGGGACGUCCCUAUAACGAGUCCAAUCACCAAGCUGAAAGCAAUGACUGUGGCCAAGAAAAGGGAAGAGGGGAAGUAGGAGUGGAAGACGCUGGGGAACAUGCGGGGAAAGAGGCAUGGGCCGAACCAGAAACCCCUGCCACCGACCGCAGCAACAGCGUCAGGAACCGAAACAGGUUCGGCGACGACAGGCUCGGGGACGACAGGUUCGGCGCGGGGGGGAGGAGGGAGCUGGUGAAUGUGGAGGAGGAGAUGGAGAGGUACGCAGUGGACAAGGCGUGCAGGCACUUCAUAGUCUCGUGCCUGCUGGAUCUGCUUCAGCUGCACGCCCACCACGCCUGCCGCCCCCACCAGCAGCAGCCCUGCUUCAACCUCCCUGCCACUCCUGCCACGCCUGCGCCGACGGCAAAGGGCGCUUCUGAGCUGGUGGUAUCCAAUCAGGUGGUUCCUGAGCAGGUUGUACCUGAGCAGGUUGUAUCUGAGCAGGUGGUAUCUGAGGCAGGAGCGCCGUACCGCCUGGGAGAGCUAGCAGAGGUGCUACUAGUAGAAUCCACAGUGGCGACCAACGGGAUGAACCCCAUCGAGUGCGCUCAUCUGGACAGGCUGUAUCUGACCCACGGUACCGUCCAGGGUGGGUUGCAUUUAGGCCCGGGUAUACUCGCCCUAGCUGUCGCUCUCGCCAUGCAGUCCCUCCCGAGCCUGUGGCCUGAUGACGUGGCGGAAGUUGCAGAGUUUUUAGAGGAGAUGGGGUGUGAAGAGGCGGGGUAUCGGGCGCGCGUGAGGGUGCUGGGCAGCGUGUAUGCUACUGAAGCGGAUUGUAAGGAGGUUAUAAGGCGUACGGUGCGGCCGAGAGGGGUGGAGCCGGUGAGGCGGAGGAUUCAGAGAGUGGUGGGGGUGGCGGAGACGGCGCUAACCCAUGCGCCGACUGAGGCGUCGCGAUCGGCGUAUGUGAGGAGGUUCUGUGAUGCUCUUAUGGAGGAGCUGUUACAGGUGCUUCCCGAGGCUCUCCCGGAGGCUUGGCCCGAGCCUGCUCCCAUGCCUCCCCCGAGGAGUUUGAGUGGAGGGAGGGUGGGGAAUGGGGAGAGGGGCGGGACGGAGGUGUUUUCGUCUCCGCCUCUUUCCUGCCCUGCCGCCCUGCCGGCCUCGGUGUCUCUUCCUAAUGGCCUCACUGCCGGUUCACCAGCAGCACCAGCAGUAGCUGCUGCUGCAGCAGUUGAUGUGGUUGACUCCGAACAGAGCUCACACCCAUGCCACACCACCACCACCAACACCACCACCACCAGCCACACACCCUUCACCACCUACCCAGACCCCUCAACAACACCUCCCGCAACCACUAGACCCCCCAAACCAGCCGCCCGGCUUCUGAACAUCCUUCCCGUAAUCCCGGACUCCGAAGCAGCUCCCAUCAUUCCGUGGGUGCGUGAUCUAGCAGAGGCGUACCUGCGUCUGAGCCGGCACCUGUCUUUAGACUCAGAGGGCGUGCGGCAGCAGCACGAGCGGCACACGGACGUGUGCGCGUGUAUCAUCCUGAGGUGCCUCGUGGCGGAAGUGGCAAGGGAGAGGGAAGAGGCGCGGGUGGAGGCUGCUGCGGUGGCGGCUGCUGCGGCGGCUUCUUCGCCUGGGUCGCCUGAUGCUGCUGGGAUGCCUGAGGGGGCUGGUUCGACUGGUUCGGCUGCUGCAGUUAAAGCUACUGAGGGUGGUGGUGCUGCUGCUGCUACCAAUCCGGCUGUUGGUCUGCCAGGAAAUUCCGUGGAGGCCUUAUUGGGAGGGAGGGGAAGCGAGGAAAGCAGCAGCACAGACGCACAGCAGGAGAGGAGGGAGAGGGAGGAGAGGGACGCGGCGAUGGCGGCGCUGCUGGUGCAUCUGGACAAGGCGCCGGGGGGCACGGGGUCGCUGGCAUGGAAGGCCAUUGGUCGCAUGCUGGAGCGCAGGAACCCCACCCACCCCGUGCUGCCCGCCGUGUGGGUGCGGGCCGUGCUGAAUACCCACCUGGUGAGUGAGAGAUUUGGCGCCGGGGGGCACGGGGUCGCUGGCAUGGAAGGCCAUUGGUCGCAUGCUGGAGCGCAGGAACCCCACCCACCCCGUGCUGCCCGCCGUGUGGGUGCGGGCCGUGCUGAAUACCCACCUGGUGAGGACAAGGCGCCGGGGGGCACGGGGUCGCUGGCAUGGAAGGCCAUUGGUCGCAUGCUGGAGCGCAGGAACCCCACCCACCCCGUGCUGCCCGCCGUGUGGGUGCGGGCCGUGCUUAACACCCACCUGGCUGUGAACGAGGAGGGAACGGGCACAGACGUGGACGCUCUCGAGCUCUUUGAUUGGUCGCUUGAGUCUCUUCUCGUCACUCUCCCAGGAGGCCCCGAAGCUGCUGCGUCCCUUCUAAAGGUCAUAGACUCUGCCGCACAAUGGGAUUCCACUGCAAGAUUGGAGAAUUCUGCUGCACAGUUGGGGAGUCCUGCUGCACGAUGGGAGAACUCCACUGUCGGUGGCUGUUCGGGUGCGGCGCGGCUGUCGGAUGCGACACGUGUCGACGUGCUACUGGCCAUUGCUGCGCGUGUGGCGUGCACUAUUUAUUGGCGGUGGCCCAGAAGGAGGGAUGCACCGAGAUUCGUGGCUCAAGUGCUGACGCUGGCGCACGGCACAGUGGGCAUGACCUCGGAGCAACUGCAGCGGGCUCUCAAGAUCGGGGAGCGCCUGUGGGGAUGGACCAUGCCCAGCCCUGCGUCCCUGCAGCAGCGCUGUGAGACGCCAGAGGAGGCGCUGGAGAUAAGGGAGAGCUGCAUUAUAUCAGUGUGA